AAUUUUCUCUGCGAUUUUAAGCGCCUCUACCACAUUUAUGAUUUACCGGUAUACUGAAUCACACCGCUAACCAUCUCUCUUUCUCUCCCUACCAAUUGCAAUGUCAACUGGUAACAUCCUGCGAAUUUCUCUCUUUCCUCACCCGAAGAAUUGCUUUCACUACAUCACAAGCUCUAGAGUUGACCGGCUUCAGUUCAAUCUCUUGCCUUCUCAAAGACCACGUCGUAGUCAUCUUUGUAGGCCACUCUUCGUCCCCAAUCUCAUUCGCGCGAAGGCCGUCGAGUUCAAAGCUCCGUCGCCGGAAUUUCAAGAACAGAAGCAACAACGGGGAAAUGAGUCCUCGGUGCUCCUCGACGUAACCGGAAUGAUGUGCGGCGCGUGCGUAUCACGCGUCAAGUCGAUAUUAUCCUCCGACGACCGUGUCCACUCGGCGGUGGUCAACAUGUUGACCGAGACGGCGGCGAUUCGUUUGAAGCCGGAGGCCGAGUUAUCGGGCAAUGUGGCUGAGGAUUUCGCCCGGAGACUCACCGAGUGUGGAUUUCCGUCGAAGAGGAGGGUUUCGGGGUUAGGAGUAGAAGAGAAGGUGAGGAAGUGGAAGGAAAUGGAGGAAAGGAAGGCGGAUUUGCUGGUGAAGAGUCGUAACAGAGUGGUUUUUGCUUGGACUUUGGUGGCUUUAUGUUGUGGAUCGCACGCUUCUCAUAUACUGCAUUCUCUUGGAAUUCAUGUCGCUCAUGGAUCCUUUUGGGAGGCACUUCAUAAUCCGUAUGUCAAAGGUGGUUUGGCUUUGGGGGCUCUGUUGGGACCAGGACGAGACUUACUUUUUGAUGGUCUAAGGGCAUUUACAAAGGGAUCACCAAAUAUGAAUUCUCUUGUGGGCUUUGGAUCUAUUGCUGCAUUUAUCAUAAGUACGGUCUCACUUCUUAACCCAGGGCUUGAAUGGGAUGCGUCAUUCUUUGAUGAACCGGUCAUGCUUCUCGGAUUCGUGCUCCUUGGACGUUCUCUCGAAGAGAAGGCAAGGAUCAGUGCAUCUAGUGAUAUGAACGAACUUUUAUCAUUGAUAUCCACUAAAUCACGACUUAUAAUUACUCCCUCGGGAAGUGAUUCCUCUGCUGAUGGUGUCCUUUGCUCGGAUUCAAUUUGCAUUGAAGUCCCUACUGAUGAUAUUCGAGUUGGAGACUCAGUGUUGGUUUUGCCUGGAGAAACUAUACCUGUGGAUGGGAGAGUUAUGGCAGGACGAAGUGUUGUGGACGAGUCCAUGCUCACUGGAGAAUCCCUUCCUGUAUUUAAGGAAGAAGGCCUAACAGUCUCAUCUGGAACAAUAAAUUGGGAUGGCCCUUUAAGGAUUGAAGCCUCUUCCUCGGGCUCUAACUCAACAAUAACGAAGAUUGUCCGCAUGGUUGAGGAUGCUCAAGGUCAUGAAGCACCCAUACAAAGGCUUGCGGAUUCAAUUGCUGGGCCAUUUGUAUACAGUAUAAUGACUUUAUCAGCGGCAACAUUUGCCUUUUGGUACUGCAUUGGGACGCAUGUCUUUCCAGAUGUAUUGCUUAAUGAUAUUGCUGGGCCAGAUGGAAAUCCUUUACUUUUGAGCUUGAAGCUUUCUGUGGAUGUCUUGGUAGUCUCCUGCCCAUGUGCACUGGGCCUUGCCACACCCACAGCAAUCCUUGUUGGCACCUCUGUUGGAGCUAAGCGAGGACUUCUUAUCAGAGGAGGAGAUGUAUUGGAACGCUUGGCCAGCAUAACUUAUGUUGCUUUAGACAAGACAGGAACCCUCACAAUAGGUAAACCUGCUGUUUCUUUUGUGGCAUCUUUGGUUCACGAAGAAUCAGAAAUCCUUAAGAUUGCUGCUGCAGUGGAGAAAACAGCCUCACAUCCUAUUGCAAAGGCUAUUGUGACCAAAGCAGAAUCAUUAAAUUUGAAUAUUCCAACGACGAAAGGACAAUUAACAGAACCGGGGUUUGGAUCCUUAGCAGAAGUAGAUGGACAUUUGGUUGCUGUUGGUACGUUGGAAUGGGUGCAUGAACGUUUUCAGCAAAGAACAAACAUGUCAGAUCUGAUAAAUCUGGAUCAGGCUGUGAUGCAUCAAUUAUCAGAAGGUAGAACAUCAUCAAACCAUUCAAAAACCAUUGUUUAUGUUGGACGUGAAGGAGAAGGUAUCAUUGGCGCCAUUGCAAUAUCUGAUACUUUACGUCAUGAUGCCAAAUCUACCAUAAAUAGACUUCAGCAGAAGGGAAUUAAAACAGUCCUCCUAUCAGGGGACAGGGAAGAGGCAGUUGCAACUAUAGCAAAGACAGUUGGAAUAGGAAGUGAAUUUGUCAAUGCAUCCUUAACUCCACAGCAGAAGUCCAGUGUUAUAUCAACCCUUCAAGCUUCGGGGCAUCGUGUUGCAAUGGUGGGAGAUGGCAUUAAUGAUGCACCCUCGUUGGCUCGUGCUGAUGUUGGGAUUGCUUUGCAAAUUGAAGCUCAGGAAAAUGCUGCAUCCAAUGCAGCAUCCAUUAUACUUCUUGGAAACAGACUUUCGCAGGUGGUAGACGCACUGGAUCUUGCACAGGCAACAAUGCUGAAAGUUCAUCAAAAUUUGUCAUGGGCAGUAGUGUACAAUGUUGUUGCCAUCCCUAUUGCUGCUGGUUUACUACUUCCCCAGUUUGAUUUUGCCAUGACACCUUCACUUUCAGGAGGACUGAUGGCUUUGAGCUCAAUAUUCGUUGUUACCAACUCGCUGCUUCUCCAGCUCCAUGGGUCUCAGAGGAGCAAAAACAAGAGCUAUCCUCACAAAGCUACCUCUGUCAAAACUAGUUAAAUUCUGGCCCAGUUCCUCUCUCGUCCGCUCAAAUAUGAACGUGCAACAGAAAUUUUGUGGUCACUAUGAAAUUAACCAAUAUUUGGCCUGUGUUCCUCAAGAAAUCUCAAAUGGGGAGUCGCAAUGUGAAGUAAUAUUUAUCCCAUAGGGAACUAAUACUGGUAUUAGAGCGGAGAUUUAUGUUUCCGAUCCAAAGUUGUUGGAAAAAGGCUUGAUUAUUGUUGUUUGUAGUAGGGUACUAGUAUUGGUAUUAGAAUAAACCCGCAGUUGAGCCUGCUGGUCCAAAUGAGAAAAUUUUGAGGUCUGUAUUGUUAGACAUAUAUGCCCUCAAAAGCCAAUGUUUAUUUGUUUAAUUGGUUUAUUGAAUUAUUUAUUUUAUAAUUACAUUGUCCGCACACGUGUAAAUUAUAUGAAUGAUGUGUUAAUUAUGCCA